AUGCUUAACUGCAAAACGGUGGCUACUCCUAUAAAUGUAAAUGAGAAGCUACAACUUGAUGAUGGUAUUGAAAAAGCUGAUGGAAGUUCCUUUAGAAGCUUAGUUGGAGGUUUAAUCUAUUUGACGCUCACUCGUCCUGAUAUAUCAUUUUCCGUUGGAGUGAUUUCAAGGUUUAUGCAUAGGCCUUCAAAGCAUCAUCUUAGAGCAGCUAAGAGAAUCUUACGCUAUGUUAUUGGAACUACGGGAUUUGAACUAUGUGAUUGGGCAGGGAAUUUGGAUGAUAGAAAAAGUGUUUCUGGAAACUUUUUCACACUUAGUUCUGCGGCUAUUACUUGGAGCUCAAAGAAACAACCAACAAUAGUGUUAUCUUUUUCCGAGGUCGAAUAUGUUGCAGCAGCAUCUUCAACAUAG